CUCUCAUUACAGACGUUCCCGUCUGCGCUACGGAGCGGCACGGUGGAAAUGCACCCGGUGGUAACGUUACCGACCCGUCCGGCAGCAACCGGAAUGCCAUACUAAUUGGCGCGUCCCGGAACGAGAAUGUGGAAAUUCCGUGCCACAUAUUCGCCGACCCGCCGGCCAGGUCGUUUCACUGGCGGUUCAACAAUUCCGCUGAAAUACUGCCCGUCGAUGCACAUCGCUACACCAGCCAGGGCAACAUUAGCAUACUGAACUACGCGCCGGUGACGGAUCAGGACUUUGGCACACUAACCUGCUGGGCCGUUAACGAAGUUGGCCCUCAAAGUCAACCGUGCACGUUCCAGCUCGUCCUGGCAGAUCUGCCCUCACCGGUAAGUAAUUGCAGUCUGCCAAACCGGACGCAACAGUUUGCGGAAAUCCAGUGCACACCCGGCUACGACGGCGGCUUACCGCAAGUGUUUGUGCUCGAGCUGGUAUCGAAAAGGACCGGAACGCGUCGGUUCAAUUUCUCCAACAAAAAUGAACCAUUCUUCGUGCUGGACCGGCUGGAGAAGCUGAGCGCACUGAUGACGCUGGAAAACAAUUCGCUCUCCUGCGUCGUGUACGCCAUCAAUCAGAAGGGCCGCAGCACACCUGUGCUAAUACAGGACUUUGAAAUUGGUCGCAUCCAGCCGUACCGAGCGGUGACCGAACGACGAGCGGACGCCAUCGAGUGGCUGCCGAUAGCUGUUGGCAUUUUGCUCACCGUCAUAAUAUUGGCUCUAUCAAUUUCCACCAAAACAUAUCUGAACCGCUGCCUCGCUGCCGGCUGCUGCUGUCGUCGGUGUUCCGCCGCCAGUGCAAAGCGGAACGAUGCGGCGGCGUCCGAUAAAAGUGAGCAGCAUCAGCAACAGCAGCAGCAAACGAAAAACGUACUCCUGCCGGAUGAGUACGAGUGUGGGACGCACUGUUUGAAGCUGAAAAAUGUGCAAAUGUUACGAAGGCACAGCUCGCGCAAGAAAAACUGCUCCAAAGACUCGAACGACGACGAACCGGAGCCGGACGUCAUACCAGCUCAGUUUAACAUGGUGUCCUGCACUCCGCUCAUAGCGACACCGCAGCACACCGAUACAGCCGCCCGCGACAAGGACGCACACCAGUACGGUGGCUUCACGUCCCCGCCCGCCACAUAUCAGAUGGGAACAAUCGUUGACCAUCAUCCGGCCGUGCCACAACAGGACACGGCGCUCGAGUACCGGACGCACGGUAGCAUCGUCGGCAUACUGCCUACCGCCCGGACAGCAGCGGCCGAGCUCGAUAUCAACGUGAUCAAGGACCGGCUGCUGACGACGCGCGUACCCGAAAGCUGCGUUUGACGCGUUGCAGCAGCGCCGUUGCAUCGAUAGAAGUUGUUAUAAACUCAGCACAAUAUACCCUACACCCUAUAUACAUGCGCAUGAGGACGGCGGUGGUAGACGGAGGGGACGUGCCACUUGACAUCCUGCACUGUUCCAACCGGCAGCUACUGGCCACUUGCCAGCGCCAGCCGGCACAAGUGCACUCUACCCAGUCGCAACGCGUGAUGUGACGGGCGACACGCAAACCUCUCCUGGUGUAUGUGAUUUUAUCUGCUGGUUUGUUUUUUCUUUUCUUUUUCGAUUCUAUUCUAUCGAAGGAAGUGAAAAAAGAGGAAAUGUAUAAAAUAAGCAAAGCUAUCAAAA